CAAGGCCGUGUUUGGGUUAAAGGUUCAAAACGUUCCAGCAAUUUUCUUCAUCCUUCAUCCUUCUUUCCUUCUUCCUUCUUCAUCCUCAGGUUUACAAUACGAAUAAAAACGAAACCCAGAUCUAAUCCUUCCCCGAAUCAAUCAUGGCGACUCCUGAUGUUCUUCAGAGGGAAGACGGCAUUGCCCUUUCUUCUCCGCUUGUCGAUCCUCGUAAAGGCGAAAGUGCGAAAUCUCGCGAGCUCUCGAUUGAGAAGAAGAUUGAGUGUCUCGAGAGCUUGGCUGGCAAAGUUACCAACAGGCGAACUCGGAGAUGGUUGAAUGAUCGUUUGUUGAUGGAGCUUGUACCCCAAUUGAAUGCAGAAGAAAUCAGAGGCUUAUUUGCUCCACCACCUUGGGGUGAUGCAGUCCCACCUUCACCGUUUUGCAUGACUAAUGUAGGAGAAUGGGACAGAUUUAGGAAUAUAGACAUGGAUAAAGAGGUCAUUUUGCUACCCUUUCACAUGAAGCUUGUUUCAAUCUUUUAAAAUUCUGUGGCUCAAGAAGAAACCCCUAAUAAUUUUUUAAAAACAAAGUAAUGGUAUGGUACAAGAGGUAAGUAUAUAGUUGGGUAAUCUGGAUUUUCGUCUGUAUUAGCUGCUUUACUGGAUAUCUGCUUUCAUUUCAAUUGGAUUUUGAAUUGGAUUCUCAGAUCUGUGGUUCAAUAGUUAGUAGGUGGUCCAUAGGCAACACCAUACAUAUGCACACAAACAAGAAGCACGCGACACUAGAAUGGAAAGUGUUUGUUUGGCAUGGAGUAUUGCAAAAAUAUGAAGCUGUCAUGUUUCUCUUUGUUAUAGGCUAGUAUCAUGCGUGCCUUAAACAGCUCAGCAAAGAAGAAGUUCCAUGUUGAUGGUGAUAAGAUGGCUGUCUUGAAUGCAUGGCGUAGAAUUGAUUGUCGAACAAGAGAGGCAUUACGCCGUAGCUUUCUUUCAGAGCUCAUUGAGGGUUAUGAGGAUUGCAUACGGCCCUUCAUUAGUGAGAGCAGAGAUGGAGAGGUUCUUUCACUACAGGUCCAAGAUCCAUUUCAUAGAUUGCUUCUGCAUGGUGUUUGUGAGUUCUACAACUUGGUCUCGGUAACAGUUACAGAGUCAAAGGAUGCAGGGUCAUUGAAGGUGACCAGGAUAAAGAAGAAGAAAUCGGGGGAGGUUGAUCUCCCAAACAUCACGUUGGCCCAUUUCCUGAAAAUGUCCAAGGAAGGCAUUUGGUAAUUCCAAUGGUCGACUCAAGGAGAUCCUACUAAUGUUCAUAAAUAAAAAUAGAGAUCCCAAUGGUCAAAGAUGUUGUAAUUUAGUUUGGUUGAACAUGUGAAUUAUCUAUGAUUUGUUCUAGUCAACAAAGCUGGUUGACUGAAGAAAUCUGGUUUGAGGGCGCAGAACUCCCCAUUAAAUUCUAAAAGAUUUGAUGUCCUUCCCGUAUUCAUAUCUAAUAUCUUGUAACAUGUAACGCACAUUAACAUGUAUCAUUUCUAUUAUUAUUAUUUGGAAACAAUCUAAUGGGAAAUUGGAAUGCAAUUUUCUCUCAUUUCUUUCCUCACCAACAUGCUUGUGGCUGCUAUUUAUCAGCGACUUAAACGAAUAUAAUUAAACUUAAAAGGCUAGUUGUUUGGGUUGCUUCACAAACUCUCAGGGCAAACAUUCUGAACUUCAAGGUGUGUUGGGUUCGAGAUAACUUUUUCAAGAAAGUUUUUAUUGUAAA